AUGCAUCCACCAAUGACUUCCUCCCGAGAAGCACAGAAAACCAAAAAUACCCCCAACGGAUCCGCAUCAACCCACACCACGAACGCGAGAAGAAAACCCCUGAUGGAUUUCUCAUCUCUUCAUCCGUGCUCUGCUUCGAUGGAUGAUGAGGAAGAUGAAGAUGAAGAUAGUAUGCAAUCAUCGUACGCAGAAAUGGGAUCGUUCGUGGGAGUACACUCGACCGAGCAUUCACAUUCACAUUCUCAUCCGUUGUCAUUGUCGUCGUCGGCUUCGACUCCUACUCAGACGCAGAGGUACACUCAGUAUCAGCCCUGCAAGCAACCUAACUCGAGGUCCAUUUCUUUGGGAAGUGAAUCUACCCCCACAUCAACCACUACAGCCAUCACUACCAGAUUGAAAUCGAAAUCGAAAGCGAAAGCGAAGUCUACGACUGCACACGUCCACUUCCUGGACCAGAUUGAUAUCUCAGAUACAAUCACCACUACUUCUGCAGCUACAAACACAAACACGAAGGGAAACAAAAGCACAGAAGCAAAUGGAAUCACAGCUGAAGAAAAGACCAUGCCUCUUGGUCCUCGCAGUCGGGAUCUCUCUCUUAGUGAGAGUGAGAUUAGUUUGCUGGAUAUAGGUCCCAGUUUGGUGUAUGGUGAUGAUGGAUAUAUUCCGUUGUCUGGGGUUGGAUCAUAUGUGCGUGGAUAUGAGCGUGGGCAUGGGCAUGGGCAGGGUGAUGGUGGUGGUGGUGGAGUUUCGGUGGUGGGGAGGGGGGUGCAGGGGUUGCAUUUGGAGUGA